AUGCUUUCAAGCACUCUCCUUGCUAGCAAGCAUGCUCCCAGGAAGAGCGUGCUUGUCAAGCAUGCUCCUGGGAAGAGUGUGCUUGCAAGCAUGCUCUUGGGAAUGCUCACUUGUGAUGAAACUGACAAUGUGGUUAUGAGUAAGAAGAGAAAAAUCGAUGAUGCCGGAUCGUCAAGUGAUGCAGGGCCGAGCAAAGAUCAUUCCGAAAAGAAGAAAGAAAAGAAAAAGAUGUCAAAGGAAAAGAAGAAGAUGAAACGCACGAAUAAAGAAAAUGAGGCUGGGACUUCAUCAUCAAAAGAUGAAAAUGAAGAAGCUCAAAAGUCAUCCGAAGAUGAGGAUCUUGCUUCAUCGUCUACUGAUACCCAAGGGGAAAAGAAGCCAGGAAAAACUACAAAGCCAAAGGAAAAGAAGACAUCAAAUAAGGCAGAUGGAAUAGAACAAAAGAAGCGUGAAGGCAGCAAUAAGAAAAAUGAGAGUUUCAGCUAUCAGAACCAGAAUUCUGACAUCAUCCUGAUCAAAAUUCGCGCACCUCUGAUAGCUGAGUUUCUGAAAGCAUGGUCUGAUAUGUCUGAAAGCCCGGAUUCUGAAAGGUCUCUCACAUCCUGA